AUCUUGGUUUGCGGAACAUUCUCCCAGCAUUAAUUAAUUAGCUCUGCGGCAUUUGAAUUGCGAGGAGGGAGAGUGUGUCUGUGGUGUGUCCCUCCUUGUUUCUCUUCUCUUCUCCACUCUCCUCUUGGCUUUGCUUGCUUGCAAUAGUUUUUCCUGCUCCCUCCUCCCUUCUCCUCCUCCUCAGCUCAGUCUCCUUCUUUUCCUCCUCCUUCUCCCUUCUUCUCCUCAUCCUCCACCGAGGAUGCUUUGCGCAGGGAAUCACAAAUGCUUCUAGGUCUGGUGGUGUGGCUCUAAUUGCGGGUCCUUCCUUGCUAUCCAGCCAACGCAAAGGGGGUGAUCCCUACCUCACGCUAUGAUGCGUAAUCCCAGCUCUACUUACAUUCAUAUCUUGCUGGAUUGUUCGCGUGAUGGCUCACUUGAAUGCGGCUCUCAAUGACCUAGGUCAGCACCAAGUUGCUGUUCUUGCGGACUGCCUUCACUGGGCUGAGAAGCUUUCCAGGGUGAUGAUUCUGGCGUUUCUGUGUAUUCAUUCUACAAUUUUGAGGGAUACGCGUGAUUGGCAUGAGAUUGCAAAUGCUACGGAGGACAGAAAUUGACCUCUGCAAAAUGUCGAAUCACAUCGCACAAACAAAGGUUGCUUGCUGUAUGCCGAGUCAUGAGCUGGCUGGACGUGGUAGACAUGCAAGCUGAUGGUGCUGUUUAAUCGACCACUUUCCAGAGUUGUGCCUUCAAUGGCUCCCACAACUCGGUCCGUCCGGCUCUCGAUGGAAGCAGAGGCGUCGUGUAAGAGGACAGCUUUCUCACCUGCAGCCAUGUAUGCUAAGAAUCCAAUACGUACGGUUGAGGGAUUCCAGGAUGAGACCAAUUUGAAAGUAUAUAAAGCUAAAUCGAAUGAGAAACCUGGGAAGGGAUUGCAGCAGAAGUUCAGAACUGGGACAAAGAAAAAGACGAAGUCGUCUCAGGUUGACAAGGAGGAGAUAAUUGCAACUGAUAUGGAAGAUCUCUGUACCUCAGAUGGCACUUUGGCUGAUUUUUCCUUUGCGAAAAGUGAGGUGAUGACGAUCCGGGCUAGUCUGCUUUCUUGGUACGACAGUAACCACCGUGUCUUGCCGUGGCGCAUAAAUUUGUAUUCUUGUUUGGAAAAUCCUUCUUACAGUGCUGAUGGAGCUGGUGAAAUCUGCAAAGAAGAGUCUGGAGUUGGAGUGAUGAACGAUGCGUCGCUCUCUGGAGUCUUGUGUAGGGAUUCUAUGCACAAUGCGACUGAGACUGAAGGGGAGAGGGCCUAUGCGGUGUGGGUCUCAGAGAUGAUGUUGCAGCAAACAAGGGUAGCAACCGUCAUCAGUUACUAUCAGCGCUGGAUGAGGACUUGGCCGACUGUUUAUGCCCUUGCUCAAGCCACUCAAGAGGAGGUCAAUUCAGUUUGGGCAGGCUUAGGUUAUUACCGCCGUGCUCGCUUUCUCCUCGAGGGGGCUAAAAAAAUAGUAGAAGAGUUCGGAGGUGAAUUUCCUCGAACUGCUGAAGAGCUACAGAAAGUGCCCGGCAUUGGAACUUACACUGCCGGUGCUAUUGCUUCCAUAGCAUUCAAACAGGUAGUCCCAGUAGUUGAUGGCAAUGUUAUCCGAGUAUUGUGCAGACUACGAGCUAUUUCGUUGAAUCCAAAAGCAUCUACAACUGUGAAGCUUUUCUGGGCCUUAGCUUCACAAUUAGUUGAGGAAUAUCGACCAGGGGAUUUCAAUCAAGCUUUGAUGGAACUAGGAGCUACCAUCUGCACACCUACAAGCCCUUCUUGUGCUUUGUGUUCAGUUUCAAGUCAAUGUGCAGCGCUAAAACUAGUCCAUCGUGUUGAAAAGAACGUAACGUCAGUGACAUGUUUUCCAGCUAAAGUUCCGAAGUCUGCACCUCGAGAAGAAUAUGUCGCAGUGUGCAUCAUAGAGCUUGAGUCUCAAACAAAAAUGUCUAAGGCAGCCUCGUCUUUGCUACUUGUUCAACGACCUCCGAAAGGGUUACUAGCUGGUUUGUGGGAGUUCCCAUCUGCGCCACUGGAUAAUCCCAACAGCACAGAAAAGUCCAGGUUAAUGGAAAUGGAUAAUUACCUGUGUGACACACUAGGAUUUAAGAUUGGAAGCGGAGGCUAUACUGUAAUGAAGCGGGAAGAAUUCGGGACUUACGUACACGUUUUCUCGCAUAUUCGUCUUCACAUGUUUAUUCAAUGGAUGCUACUGAGUACAGGAGAAAUCGAGGACAAAAGUACCCCCAAAAUGCAACGUUCUGUCGUAACAAAAUGGGUUGACUUGGAUAGCAUGAAUAGUCUUGGAUUGACAUCUGGUGUCAAGAAGGUGUACGAGAUGUUCUCUGCAUUGCGACAGAAGCAGUUGACCUCCUCUAAAACUAUCAAGCGGAAAAGGAGUAACUUGGUCUAGAUCCUUUGUACAAUUUUUUGUAAUAGUUUUAGUUGUACACAGUUGAUACCCUCUUUACCUGGGCAAUACGUUUAGGUAUUAUUCAUCGCUUUAGUUCUCAGUUGUAGAAAUGAAAAUUGGGUCUGAAUUUCUCUUAACUGCCUGUGGAUGCAUCCACGAAGUCAUGAGUGCUGAGACCAAGAUCUUCUAGGAAUUCGCAAGUUUCUUUUUGCAUUGGUAAUUUGUAUUUGGAUUCUAGGGACAGAAGUUGUAUUUUGAUUUAUGAGUACACAUUCUUCUUUGGAAAUGUUACCAGAAGCACACAUCUAAAAGAUCUGGUGCAAUGAGGACAGUUAUUUGAUUCAGGUUA